CUAGCAACUACGAAACUCAGAUCUCGAAAUGGCUGCUCACGUUAAGCCCGUUAUCUUGCACGCUCACAGCUCAAGCCCAAAUCCGAUCAAGGUAGCGAUCACCCUCGAAGCACUCCACAUCCCGUAUGAAGUGAAGAAAUGGGAUUUCGGAGAUGACGCCGAGAAGGGUGUGAAGGGUGCGGCAUUUCUCAAAAUCAACGAGAAUGGACGCGUUCCUGCUAUCGAGGAUCCAAACACCGGUGUUGUCGCGUGGGAAUCUGGAGCUUGCAUGAACUAUAUCCGGCGUGUGUAUGACAAGGGUAAUUUGAUUGGACCUUCCGGGGAGUUGGCCCAAGACCUAGUGGACUUUGAAAAGUGGGAGUAUUUCUUGUUGACGACACUGGGUCCGAUGACUGGCCAGGCGAUUUGGUUUAGGAGAUACAACGCCGAAAAGAAUGAGAAUGCUCUGGAGAGAUACACGGCUCAGACCUAUCGUUGCUAUGAUGUCCUCGAAGGCCAGUUGAAGAAAACUGGCGCAGAAAGCGUUCUCAAUGGACGCGUCUCUGCCGUCGAUUAUCAUUUCGAGCCUUGGCUGCAUAAUUACCCCCUUGCUGGUCUUUCUCUUGACAAGUAUCCUUUGAUCAAGAAGUGGCUUGGUCUCAUGCAGACUCGCGAAGAGGUAAGGGAAGCCUACUUCAGGAUCACAGGCGAGAAAUCGGUUUAGAGGCUACAGUACACAGGGGAAAGGAAGGAAGAUUGAAAAAGAAGCCUCGGUUGGCCACUUAGGGUUACCUAAGAUGUAGUAUGCGCACAAAUAUAACAAGAUUAGGAUCUUGGCCAAAGAAGCUGUAAAGAUUUCGAUACUUUCUAUUCACAAGCUUAAAGAGCAUACGUGUCGG